AUGGCUUCCUCACUACUCAUUGUCGGCGGCACAGGCCUCAUGGGCUCUGCAAUCAUCAGAGAAUCUCAGAAGAACAAGAAACUCCCUCAUUAUCAUAACCAUCAUAUCCUGGCUUUAUCACGCACAGCUUCAGCAAAGAGCAACAAGGAAGGUGUGACAUUUGUGCAAGGAGAUGCUCUUGACCCUACCUCACUACAAGUUGCUUUUGAAACCAAUCCAAACGUGGUGCAUACUGUAGGUACCUUGCUCGAUCAAUCCAAAACUUACGGAGCAAAUGGUACCUAUGAUCGUCUGAAUAGGGAUGCUGCCAUCUCUGUUGCUGAGACAAUGGCCUCCAAGUAUGAUGAUAUCAGUAGACGUUGUCUGGUUUAUUUCUCAGCUGCCAAUGCACCACCCAAGUAUCUGUUGAACGAGCGUUAUAUUCAAGCGAAACGUGAAGCUGAAGAGGCAUUGCUGGGAGACAAGUUUAAAAGCAAAAUCAGAGUGGUUGUGCUUCGGCCAGGGCUCAUAUAUUCGUACCACCGCCGUCAAUUGAUGCUUCCGUUAGCACUUGGGUUAAUCGUGGGUUCUGCUAUUCUCAAACCCCUUACAUCGUAUGUUCCUAAAGACGCAAUGUACUUUACAGACAGACCGCUUUUGGAUAGCGAGAUUGCACAUGCCGUCUUUGAGGCAUUGGAAGAUGAUUCAGUCGAAGGAAUUUGUGAGAUUGAUAGAAUCAGACAACUUGCCAAGCAAUGGGAGAGGAAGAAGAGCAACUGA